CGUCUCAGGCAGGAAAUUCCGGGCUGAUGUGAGCCGCCAGCAGCCGGUUUGCCGCCGUCAGACCCCUGUGAUGGAGCUCAUGUGCUGGGGCGGUGACUGGGGGCUUCCCUCCGUGCACCCCGAGUGCUUGGUUGUGUUGGCAUAUGCAAGGUUUGCUGGUGCUCCUCUGAAAGUAACCCCUGUUGAUUAUACAUGGGCCGCUCCAAAAGGUGCUCUGCCGGUUUUGGUGUCGGAUGGCAAAGUGGUAACCCAGCCUGGCAAUAUCUUAAGCUUUUUAAGGAAGCAGAAAUAUAAUGCAGAUUAUGUGUUAUCAGCAAAGGAAGGGUCUGACACCCUGGCAUAUAUCGCGCUGAUUGAGGAGAAUAUCCUUCCUGCCCUGUUACACGCAUUUUGGGUUGACACAGAAAAUUACUCCAAUGUGAUCCGUCCCUGGUACGCUGCCCGAACCCCUUUCCCGCUGAGUUUCUUCUUGCCUGGGAAGAUGUCUCGCGAAGCAUUGAACAGAAUAAUGCUCACCAAAGGCCGUCCGCCAUUAUACAGCCUGACUGAAGUGGAAGCUCAGGUUUAUAAAGAAGCCAAAGAAUGUCUCAAUCUUCUGUCCAAUCGAUUGGCAUCAUCACAGUUCUUUUUUGGAGACACGCCCACGUCCUUGGAUGCCUUUGUAUUUGGAUUUCUUGCUCCUCUUUACAAAGUCCACCUUCCCAAAGUAAAUUUACAAGAACACUUGAAGCAGCUUACUAACUUGUGUCAAUUCAUUGACAACAUUCUUAGCCGCUAUUUCACGGCGCACACAACAGACCCAUCUCCUGCUUGCCAAGAAGCCUUAGAUGCCAAUCUGCAGAAACUCACACAGCUUGUAACCAAGGAGUCCAACCUAAUAGAAAAGAUGGACGACAAUCUUCGUAAGAGCCCGCAAAACCGUCCCCGGAAAUUAACCGCAUUAAAGCAAGCCAGUGAGACGGGGAACUCGGCCGAGCACAUCACACCCUGACACCUCCGCUUUCUUGCUUUUGCUGAUAAAUGUCGAUAACUAGAAUGUACGGUGGAAAUGUCAUUAGCUGUCUGGGUGUUUAGGGUUCAUAUGAGAAGCACAAAAAGUCCCUGAUGCAAAUUUUGAAAUUCCUUGUAUCUUGCAUAAGAACAUAAAAUUACAGAAACCUGAAAAAACAAUUGAACUAUGCAAAUAAACGAUAUACUGAUUUA